AUUUUAUUUUAAUAUGUUUACUUCAAUCAAAGUCCGUCAAUUCAUAUUGAGAGUGUUGGUAUUUCUGAAAGCGCAUCACGGGCUUGACAAUUUAAAUUAAUUCUGCAUUUAUUUCGUUUGAAUACCAUGAUCACAGCUCGGCAUGCACUGAUCAUGGUCAAAUGAGGUAACAUGUAAUCAUGCUAAUUAAAAUUGGUUUCUUCUUGAAUAUUUUAUGCUGAUACUAGAUCAUUUUCAGUACAGUCCUUGUUUUGCAGACAUCAUGGCGGAUUGUUUCUUGGUUUUUCCUCCACUGACCAAAGAUAACGCUGUUAUAUUAGGGAAAAAUUCUCAGAGGCCAACCACUGAGGUCCAGGAAGUGGUUUAUAAACGAGCUGAAAGCUACUCAGACAACAUGAAACUACAGUGCACAUACAUUGAAGUGGACCAGGUUAAGAAGACUCAUGCUGUAGUUCUGAGUAAGCCAGCCUGGAUGUGGGGUGCUGAAAUGGGGGCCAACGACCAAGGGGUCUCUGUAGUCAUGGCGCCAGUGUGGACCAAGCUGAACGGACCCAGCGAUCUAGAGGAGAGGCUGCUGGGACAGGAUCUAGCAAGACUAGCUUUAGAGCGAGCUUGUACAGCUAAAGAGGCAGUGAUGGUAAUCACUGGUCUGAUGUCUCAAUAUGGGCAGGGUGGGCCCGGGGCAGAGGAGAGCGGCCCACAGAAAUGGGCACACCACAACAGCUUCCUGAUAGCAGAUAAAUCCGAAGGGUGGAUUCUGGAAACAGCUGGCAGUUACUGGGUGGCCAAAAUCAUCAAAGAUGGAUAUCAUAACAUUUCUACUACCUUGACAUUGGGCUCUGACUUUGAUAUGAGUUCUGAGGGACUGGUGGAGAAAGCAAAGGGGGAGGGGCUGUAUCAGCCAGACAGCGGACCUUUUGAUUUUGCGGCCACGUUUUCUGUGCCACAGGGGGAAGAGGAAGGGGACCAAGCAGACCGCAGGGACAAAGGGAAACAACUGAUGGAAAAACUCGCAGCCAAGAAAGAGUUUGGGAUUGCUGAGAUGAUGGAGAUAUUACGAGACCAAGAGAGCAACAUCUGUAUGUCUGGACCAUUUAUGACAACAGGAAGUAUGAUAUCAGUUAUCUCCCCUGAUGUCCCAACAUGCCACUGGCUGACUGCCACUCCGAAUCCAGCGGCCAGCUUCUUCAAGCCUUUCAUCUUCUGUCCCAACAACAGUGUUGGUAAUUUGACUCAGUCUCCUGACUUUGGAGAAAAGGAUCCAGUUAAAAUAAAGCCUAGAUUCCAAGAACAUGUGGACCGCGCCCACCCCCUGGUCAAAGGUCACCAAAAAUUUCUAAAUUUACUGGAGCGUGACGAGCUACAAGGUCACAUGAUUAAAGAGAAUCUGAGAGAACUAGAGCAGAACUGCCUGGAGGACAUCAAGGAAGUCCUGUCACAGUUCAGCGAGCAGAGCUACGCCAAAGUGGCCAACAUGUUUAGUCACAUGUGUGAUAUUGAGAUGAACUUUUACAAAAUUUAACCAUGGUUUUUGGUCUAUACCAGUAUGGUUUUUUUUUUAAAUGAGUGCUAUAAAAAAAUAAUUAUAGGCUUUUGCUGGACAUUUUAAAAUGAGUGCUAUAUUAUAGGCUUUUGAUAGUCAAUGCUGUGCUUUUAUUAUAAAGAGAUAGAUCAUUUUAACAAGACCUUGGACUUUCAGUAGGAUGUAACUAUCUUUUUCUUGCAUCAAAACAAGUUAAAAAUGAUGCUGGUUUCAAGUGAAAUAUACACAAGUUGGUAAUCUUCGCUCAAAAAGCCAGACAAAUCUUGUUGAUUUCAAAGACCCAUGGCUGAGUGGCCAGCAAUGAAACAGACAGGCUUACGUCACAUUGCUGUUUGACACAACUACUCAAAGUCCACGCUCCUGUUAAAAUGGUUCUUUUUAUAAGAAAUGGUUCAAAUUCUGCAUGGACAUUGUUUCUGGAGAUGAUGGUGUCCUAAUAGGAUUUUGAAUGAUGGAAAUGUUAAACUAGUCAAUUAUAGUAAAUACUCAUUGUAGUGUAUUAGAAUGAAUUCAAAUGUUGUUAUGAAAACCAAUAUUUUUAAAAAGUUUAUUAGUUAAAGUGCAAUACAUUUUAUCUUUUUGUUGUUGCUGUAAGGAAUGCAUUACAGAUUUUAUUUAUUUAGUUCUCAAGAUGAAGUGCAAUAUAAGUUAUUUUUGAAAUUAUGAUUGAUUUUGUAGUGUACAUGUAUUGUGAUAAAAGCCAAUAUUUUUUGUUUAAUGUAAAAGGGGAAGUUCAAUACUUAUUUUUUUUUUGUUGCUGUAAGAAAUGCAUUAUUUACAGAUUUUAUUUUGUUCACAAGAUGAAGUGCAAUAUAAGUUAUUUUUGAUAUUAUGAUUGAUUCCAAAUCAUACUUCUUUGCCUCUUUGUAAUUGAUGAUGAUAUUUUAUUUAAGAUAUAUUUUUAUGAUUUUUAUAUUAUAUUUUUGAAAGACUGCUAUUUAGUACUGUGAUCAUUUGUUUUAAUUUUAAAUAAUAAGUUUGAUGUUUGAAUUGAUAUUUUAUUGGACCUGUUAAACUAUUUUUGUUAUAUAAUUAUAUGAUUUGUUUUAUUUAUGUUGAACAUGUGAUAUUAAAUGGUUCGAUUCAUUCCAGUUAAAGGGACAAUAACACGGUUUAAGUUCAGAAACUUUGUUUUUCAAUUCUUAUAGUUUUCAAUGGUUACUUUAGUGUUUUUUAUGCUUCACAUAAAUUUAAAUGUCCUUAUUUUAGUGGAAAGUGAGAUUUACAGGACAAAAUUUUAUCAUUUGAAAACAAAUUGAAUGUAUUUUUCUCUGCUUAAGAAUGAUUUUAUACUUAUUAAAGUCUGGUAAAAGUUUUUCCUAAUUUAAUGUUUUUUCUUGUUAAGUUUAUAAAGUUGUUUUUGGACACAAACACAAAUUUUUCAGGCGUCAUUUUGUUAAAGAAUUGGCAUUUUCUUUAUAGCGCAUGUAUAUUAUUUGUGAACAAAAAGUUAACAUGACUAGAACUUUGUUUUCAUGUUAACAAUGACAUUCCUGGUUUUGUUUUUUUAUCUCACUUGUGACUAAACUUCUGAUCAUUACAUUCAAAUUUAAGUCGAGCAUUAUCAAAGUCAAUAUCAAUCAUUAAAAAUGAAAAAAAUAUCAAACCCUGUCAGUGUUCUUUAAGUGUAAAGUACAAUGUCAAUUCUAAUUUGUUAUAAUAACUGGGUUUUUUUCAGGUGCUCUCGUCUAUAUGUUUUUAGCAUGUUUGCAGUAUGACAGACUAUAUGAAAUAAAUACUGGAUGCUAGUCAGUUAAUUGGUGAAUUCCAAUUUUGCAUUCAUCCCCUGAAAGCAACCAAUUCAACUGUAGUAAACACCAUAGGAUUGUUAUAUUUCAGGCAACAUUUUAUUUUAUUUUUUAGUUAAAGUUAGAAUCUACGUUAUAUAAACUUAUCAAAUGGAUUCAGAUAUAAACAUUCCAUAGUACUCAGUAUUCAGUCAACAAGACUAGAAUAUAAUAUACUUAAACAAUAUCAUUCAGAAUUUGUUUCUCGUAAAAAGACAAUGUAUUAAACAUAUCUUUAAAAACUAAUUCUAAAAGAAGAAAACUAUAUCCAAAAACCUUUUAUGAAACUUUUCAUUGUUCUUUGCUCAAUCCUGAUGUUAUGUUAAGAAUGUUUAGACGCAAGAAUGGUUCAAGUAAAACUAGUAUCGCAAAUACGUUUGAUUUAGAUUGAAAUAAAGGAAAGACACAAUGCUGUAGUAAAAUGUCCAGACAGUACAGGGCUAAAGGCUUGUAAUAACUGUAAUAAGCUUUAAUGUUUGCCAGCAAUCUGUUACUAUAUACAUAUAACUUUGUUAGCUAUAGACAUUUCUAUAACCUUAUCUGUCUUGGCCCGCCUCAUUCUUUUUUAUGCAAUAUAAGAGUAUGACUGCUUGUAUGUAAAGUUGAUAAUAUAUUCUGUAUUUAAGGAUGUUGUUUACUCAGGGUUUGAGUUCUCAAAUCCGGAUUGUUAAAAAGUCCAAUUUCAUGAGAAAAAUUUGUUUUAAAUACAAAAAGUAUUUAUGACAUAAAUUAUUAUUGACAUAACAAUCAAUAUUUUUACUAAAUAAUGGAAUUAGGCUCAGACAAAGUUUGACUUUUAGCAAAACAGAGGAAAUUCGGACAAAAAUUUUCAGAUUUUGGCAGAUUUUGUUUUCCACUUAAAUAUUUUUGGUAGUUCUGUAAUAUUUAAAGUUAAGAUUUUAUUUGUUAGUCUACAUAAUUUUGCUUAUUUUUUGUUGGUUUUAUCUUGCUUUUUCGUUUUGAUAAUCGAAUGGCACACACUACAAAAAUAUUGAAAAAUGCCUAAAAAUGAUAAAAGACACAAUAUCUCAAAAUUUUGAUCAUUGACCUCAUAUAAAUUUUAUGCCAGCAGAGAAAGGUCAAUAUACUUCGUUUAAUGCUAUAAAUGCUUUAGCAUUAUCAUCAUCCAGUUUUUUGUUAUAUUGAAUCAAAAAAUGGGUAGUAAUUUGAAAACUGAUAGAGGAAAUUCGGACUAGAAUAUCUAUAAAAAUUGUGAAUGAAAACUUUAUGCCUUGUAUCUAUUUAAUGUCUCUACCAUUCAUAAACUGUAUUUCAUUUGUUAAAGAGUUAAGAAAUUUGUAUUAUUUUCACAAUUAAGAAAACCUCAAUCAUAGUGUAAAAUUUUUAUGGAUUUUUCUUAAAUUUUCAAAAAAUAGUACAUGGCCAUUAACUCAAAAAGUAGGUCAUUGACCUACUUUUUUGAAAGUGAAGAAUAACACUCCCAUGUAAGGUAUAUAACACACAAUAGUUGGUUUUUCAUUAUCAUCAGUGGAUUUUUUUUCAUUCUGAGUAAACGUCAUCCUUAAGCAAAAUGAUUGUUACGUUCGUACAUGUAUGUAUUAAUCCAGUGUAAAAUUUACUAGUAUGAAAUACUACCCUACCAAUUUGUCUUGUGAUUUGAAUGAAUAUGUGUACUUUCAUGUUGUAUCUUGUGAAAUAAAUUGACCAAUUCUGUGA